CAAAUUCCAACAAAUUCCAACGCAACGAAAACGCGACUCAGAACUGCGGUUUCAAGAAUGGUCCAUUUGCUCCCAAAUUACGCCCGAGUUUCAUCGCACCUCCUCCCGGCGGCGGCUCCGGCGUCCGGCGGCGUCGUAUGGAGGAGCGGGGGAAGCAUUAGGGCCAGAUCGGCGGUGGUUCUGCAGUGUAAUCGGGAGUUUUCUGGUUCGAUCACGGCGGCGGCGGCAGCGGAGGACUUGAUCGGAAUCCCGGCCGAAAUCGAAACCGAAAUCGAGUAUUUGGCGAGCGAGAACGGAUGGAAAGUGAGGAAAUUGAUUAAAGAAGAAGACGAUUUGAGAGCGGUUGCAAGAAUUCAAGCCGAAGCUUUCCAUGAACCUGUUUUUCUUUUCAACGAUUUCUUCUUCCACUUCUUCCAGGCAGAAGUGCUUGCAGCGUUGAUUUACAGAUUGCAGAAUUACCCUCCAGACAGGUAUGCGUGUUUGGUUGCGGAGGCAGAGAACGAGAAUCGAACGGAUCAUUACAAUUUUGUGGGAGUGGUGGACGUCACGGUGGCCGGAGAUCUAAAAGUAAAGCGCCUCCUUCCCGCCGGCGAAAAAGAGUAUCUCUUCGUAUCUGGAAUUGCAGUCUAUGAAAGUGCCAGAAGGCGCAAAGUAGCAACGACAUUGUUGAAGGGUUGUGACAUGCUUGCAAAAGUUUGGGGAUUCAAGUUUUUGGCACUAAGUGCAUAUGAAGAUGACUAUGGGGCUCGUAAUUUGUAUAGUAAAGCAGGAUAUCAGCUUCUAUCUGCUGACCCUCUUUGGAAAUCUUCUUGGAUUGGAAGAAAACGUUGUGUUACUUUGAUUAAAAAGCUCUAGUUUUCCCUUUCUUUCAA